UUUAUCUUAAGGCAACGAAUUUAUUAAAUUGAAUGACUUAUACAAUUGAAAACAUGCUUAGAUCGCCAAGCUCCAACAUUUAAAUCAAAUUUGGCAUACUAAGCCUCGAAGUUGAUUCUCCAGCAUACGAAUUCUCGUUCUAUUACAGAUCAAUUCUGUAUUUCUGUUCUACUAAUUGAGCAAUGGAAAAUCAACUCUUCCCAAGUAUGUUCAAUACUAAAAGGAAACAGUAUCAUCAAAUCUUCUACAGCUUAAAAUGAAACAGUAUAACCCCAAAUGCACAAGCGUAAUAUAAUGAUAACUUAAAAAGGAAAAGAUCUGCAAAUGUUUUCAUUCAGAUAUAACCCCAAAUGCACAAAACACUACAAUGAUUUUUUGAAAUUCCAGAUCAACACAGAAGAAUUAACCAAACAGAUCCGUAUAAGCUUAGCCGCCAAAACCGUACAGAGUCCUUCCUUGCCUCUUCAGGGCGUAGACCACAUCCAUGGCAGUAACCGUCUUCCUCCGAGCAUGCUCCGUGUAGGUAACUGCAUCACGAAUGACAUUUUCAAGGAAGAUCUUCAGCACGCCUCUGGUCUCUUCAUAGAUCAGGCCGCUGAUUCUCUUCACGCCUCCUCUUCUGGCCAGCCUCCGGAUCGCCGGCUUGGUGAUGCCCUGGAUGUUGUCCCGGAGAACCUUACGGUGGCGCUUUGCUCCGCCUUUCCCCAACCCCUUUCCUCCCUUUCCGCGGCCGGACAUUUUUCUCCCUGUGACGGUUGUUACUUGACUUUGAUUCAGAGAUGUGAGAAUUGGAAAGCUAGA